AUGAACACAGUGAAAGUAGUUGUGAAAAAUGUUCCAGAUUAUGGUGCUUCAAGAGAAAAGAAUGACUUGGGAUACUUGACCUUUGAUUUAAAAACAGACCUUUCAAAUCUUUUCAACUGGAACGUUAAGCAGCUGUUCCUAUAUCUCACUGCUGAGUAUAUUACACCAGCAAAUGAGUUAAACCAGGUGGUGCUGUGGGAUAAGAUUAUUUUAAGAGGAGAAAAUGCUUUGUUAGACUUUAAAAAUAUGAACAUCAAAUAUUAUUUCUGGGAUGAUGGUAAUGGUUUAAAAGGUCACAAUAAUGUCACAUUAACUCUGUCAUGGAAUAUAAUUCCCAAUGCUGGCCUCUUACCAAACAUACAAGCAAUUGGUCAACACUCCUUUAAGUUCCCUACAGAAUACACACAGACAAGAGUAUGA